UGCGCGUUGCAGCUGCUGCUCCGGAAUCCAAAACUCUCUGUUAUUCAAUAAUAAAUAAUCCUUAAUCUAUUUAUUGAGUUGACUUCAUUCGUAAACACUACGAAAUUUGCUUGUAGAAUAUUUAUUCGAGAUUGUUUUUUUUAUCAAAAGUGGAAUAAAACACUGCUGCAAUGUUUUUAGCUUAUUUACUAUUUCAUUCGGCGUAAUCAUUAAGGUUACUUAUGUGCAAAAAGUUGACAUCUCAUUUCAAGCAUCUCGCUCUCAAGAUAUAUCACGGAGUCCGAGAGAAUUGACAUUUAUCAUGACGGAAAAUUGUCGAUUGAGCGAAAGCGACGAAGUUGAUUUUGAAGUUGAGCACGGAGAAAACGACUUUUCUAAGGAACUGGAAAAGUUUCCUCAUGUUUUAUCAUUUAUCAAGAAACUCCAAGAUCAGAUCAAGCGACAGAGAAGAAAAAUUGAAAAACUUGGAAAAAAGUUGCUGCGUUCGAAAAAAAUUGAAUUUUCACAACCAAAAAAUGAGUUUGUCGACGUCGAAGUUCAGACCGAAUGUUCAACGGAUACAGACUCUUUGUCUGGACCCCAAAAUUGGGGAAACAGUGCAAAUAACGAAGGAGCUAGCAUCGUUGAACAAGUUAAGGAAGCUGCUGAAUCUGCCCUCCAACAAACUGGCUUUGUUUAUGAAGAAACCUCUGGUUUAUAUUACGACUACAACAGUGGCUAUUAUUACGAUGCCGUCCAAGGCCUCUAUUAUGAUGGAAAUACUGGAACAUAUUACGUGUACGACGAGGAGAGUAAAUCUUACAAGUUUCACAGUCAGGCUCAGGUGACCCCGAACGAGACGGCUGUGCAUCAGCAAAAAAUCAAAAGAUCGGAUAAGCGCAAAUCUCAAAAGGCUAACAAGGAUGAGGCGAAAAAACAAAAGCUGACUGAUUGCGAUGAUACGGGAAACGAUUUGCCAGAGGAGGGUGAAUGUUCAGACAGCGAUAACAGUAAAAGUUCUCGGGAUACAUCGCUCACUAAUGAGAGCGAGAGCGAGGACGACCAAGAUCUCGCGAAAAUUUAUCCGCCGUGCAUGAGGAUUAUCGUCAAAGAAACUAAUUUGUCAAAACUAAAAGUUGGCACUCUGUUUCUCGUGGCUUAUACCGGUGGAACGUUGGGCAGAGAAGGCGAUCAUGCAGUCCUUAUUCCGGAUUUGAACAUUAGCAAACACCAUGCAAGAUUUCAGUACGACGAGGACAAAAGACAAUAUCUCAUAGUGGAUUCGGGCUCGAGAAACGGAACGAUCCUCAACGGGAAAAGAUUGUCAGUUGCGAAACAAGAGUCUGACCCUUGCGAGGUGGCCCACGGCUCGGUCGUGCAAUUGGGAAGCACGAAACUUCUCUGCCACAUCCACAACGGCCACGAGACCUGCGGACAUUGCGAGCCUGGUUUGGUUCAAAAAACAACGUUCCACGAACCCUCUAAGACCUCUAAAAAGGAUCAGCACAAAACGGAGCUUCGGAGAUUGAAAAAUAAAUUCGGCGUGGAAAAAAAUAAUACGGAAACUGCGAGCCAAGUUGCAACGGGAUAUCAGGACAGGGCUCAGGCUCGACGAGACCACGUUGGCUCUUCGAAUCAUCACGUCAAAACUCAAAUAAGCUCCGUUGAAACAUCAAUUGCCAAGGACAACAAGGGAUUCAAACUUCUCUCAAAAAUGGGAUGGUCCGAGGGACAAUCGUUGGGAAAGGAUGGCGAUGGAAGAAUCGAACCAGUACCAUUGGUCAACAAACAAACGAAGGCUGGCUUCGGGGCUCCCAAUUCCGAGCUAUCUACUCUCCGGGUGGAUCCUUCGGUCGAGAAGAAGCAAAAACUGUGGCGUAAAACUCAGAAGCGUUACAACGAGUUAUCAGAUUAAGGAAUACGUGCAUUUUAUAAUCGUUCUAGAGCCUUGAUAUUUUGACAAUUAUUUAUUCUACCGUUCGGAACAAUCGCAUAAUCAUUGAGAAAACUGUUCAAACGAGUGAAUCUUUUUAUAUUUACACGUAAAUUUAUCAUUUGAACGUGUUAAUAUUAAUUUAUGUAAAUAUCGUUAAUUUAUAGCAAAAACAUCACGAUAAUACUGCCUCGCAACAAUUUUUUCUUCCGAAAUUCAAAUAAAUUGUCUUUCAGAACUUUUCCGUAUGUAAAAGCUCGUCCGCGCUCAUGAAAUUCUCUAAAUUCGAACAAAAUGCUCAUGCGUGUGCUCAAAUAAAUAAUUUCUCUUAACAA